AUGUACUCCGAAUUCGGCGACGCCGCCGCCGCUCGCAAGGUGUUCGACGAAACGCCCCGCAAAGAUGUUGUCUUAUGGAAUUCGAUGAUUGGGGGUUAUGUCAAGUGCGGGUGUUUGGAGCUUGCUCGCAAGAUGUUCGAUGAAAUGCCGCUUAGAAAUGUCGGCUCGUACAACGCGUUGCUCGGGGGUUACGCGAAAUUGGGCCGGUUGGGCGACGCGGAGAAGCUGUUCGAUGAAAUGCCCGAGAGGGACGUCGUCUCGUGGAACACUAUCGUCGCGGCUCAUUCGAGAACGGGGAAUGUAGAAGCCGCAAAUGGCUUCUUCGAUCGUUCGCCGAGAAGGAACGUCGCUACGUGGAGCGCCAUUAUAUCCGGAUUCGCGCAGAGCAGUAGAUUCGGGAACGCGCUUGAUUUGUUCAAUCGUAUGUUGGCCGAGGGGCUGACGCCUAAUCAAUCUAUCUUGGUCAGUGUGCUCUCCUCGUGUGCGCAUCUCGGAGCACUUGAACAAGGGAUUUGGAUUCAUGGGUAUGUGACGAAACAGGGGAUUGAGAUGGACGACAUGCUCGGUUCUUCGUUCGUCGACAUGUACGCCAAGUGCGGGAUGUUGCAAGGGGCGCGGUCGGUGUUCGAUAAGUUAGACAAAAAGGAUGCGUGCGCGUGGACGUCGAUGAUCUACGCAUUCGCCAUCCACGGCCACGUUCGUGAAGCAAUAGAAGCAUUUGAAAAGAUGGAGAGAGCUAAAAUAAGGCCCAGCGAGAUAACAUUCGUAGCGAUCUUGCGCGGUUGCUCUCACGUGGGGCUAGUGGAGAAGGGGCGUGAGAUGUUCGAUCGAAUGGCGCGAGACUAUGAAAUCGAGCCUAAAAUCGAGCACUAUACAUGUAUGGUCGAUCUACUAAGUAGAGCAAGCUUGAUAGAAGAAGCCCAAGAGCUCAUCAAAUCGAUGCCGAUGGAGCCCGACGUGUUCGUUUGGGGGGCAUUGCUCGGCGGGCUAAGGAUUCACGGACAAAAUGAGUUAGUCUGCGAUCUAGAAUUACGUAACGAGAUUGAAAGAUUGAAGCCAAGCGAAAGCGGGGCUUUUGUGCUCAUGUCGAACAUAUACGCGUCGGUCGAUCGGUGGGACGAUGCCGUGAACACGAGGAGAGUGAUGGAGGGGUUUGGAGUGAGGAAGAGCCCUGGUUGUAGCUUGAUUGAGGUGAAUGGAGUGGUUCAUGAAUUCUUAGCUAGGGGUACUACAAACAAAAAGUCAAGGCAAGUGUAUGAGGUGUUGGAUUGUUUAUAUAGAACAAUGAGAACUGGUUGUUUGAAUUGA